CACUAACGGUCAAGCAUGAAAUCGAGUCAACAGAAGAUGAAGCAAUGGCGGAUGGUUGCCGUUGUAAUAAGUUUGAUAAUUGUACUACUCAUAGCUAAUUUCAGCAUUCAAAUUAAGAAAAGAAGUCUACGAAAUGAGAAUGUAAAUGAGCCGAGCCCUGCUUCUGUCAUCGAUUUAAAUGAUACAGCUGGUCAGAAAUCUUCGAAGAACACCAACAAAAGCUCUGUGGAAAAUGCAAAAGUGCAACCAAAUUCCAAUUGUUGGAAGAAGGAAGAAACACGCAGUCUUGCGGAAUGUGUUCAAUGCAGUGACUAUGAAAAGAGGACAAUUAAAGGAUGUUUACAGACUGGAAAUAUACAGCUUUCAUACUGUGUUGAUUCAAAUGUGAAAUUUUAUGCGAGCUGUAAAUAUAUUGUAGAAUGGGAAGAGAAAAAGUUCUGGAUGUUUGAGGGUAUUGUGCUUAUCAUGUUAAUAUGUUCCUCCUCAAUGGUAUGGUACAGACAAAGACAGCUUGACAGCGUGUUCUACCAGAAACUUCAAAAACAAGUGGAGAGCGACACUAUAUAGUAGUACGUGAAUAUAUUACAACAACAAUGAAAUGCAAGUUCACAGUCCGAGCCAAGCCAUAUUCCUGUACAGUACUGAACAAUGUAUAUUUUUAUUUAUUUGAUUUGGAGGAAUAUGCUGGGUAUGAUUUGUAACUAUAGUUUUAAAGGAAAACAAGUGAAAGGAAGUCACUGGCUCAAGAAUGGCACAAGAAUAUGUUUUAAAGGAAAUCAUUGCCCGUGGAGAUUGUAUUUUGACAGGCCACUGUUUCCAUGCAGAUUAUACAUGGCUCCAAAGCAGAAUUGUGUGUCCCAAUUUGGAGACAUUUUUAUGAUUGACUCAUGCAGAUAAUUUGUAAUGUUAUGGACAGUGGCCCUUUUCACAGUUAGCUUUUGGCAUGUGCAUUGCAUCCCUCACAGGGAUGUGAGGCAAUUUCAGGAAGAAACUACCAAAUUGCCUUGACUUGCCUUGCGUGCACACUGGAGUGUAAUGCAAAUGAGAAGGUUAAGCAUGAAAAGGGUUACUUACAGCCCAUGUUUUCCAGCAAUGAGUAAUUUACAUGUAAAAACCAAGUACUGUUAAUCUAGAUGAAAACUCAGGUUUCACCUCUUUCCUUUUUGAAGUGGUUUUACCUCGAAAAUAUUUUAAGGUGAUUGGCUCUGCUAUACUACAGUACAUGCAACAUUUUUAUUUGGUAGUAUAGUUGAUCUUCCCCCUUAAAAGUAGUCUUCUUUACAGCUGUUAUUAGGGUUGUCACACAACGCCUUUCCCCACUUUGUGUGACAACCCUAAUAACGGCUGUGAAGAAGACUACCUUAAAAGCAGCCAUUUCAUUUUUAUUUAGUACAUGUACUUUCACAUGUAUUUCUCACACAGUAAAGUUUUACUUGUCACAACUGGGAUGUUUAAGUUUAUGUUUUCUUUAUUUCCUACAUACUUCUAUGUGUAUGUGUAUUGAUUGACUUCAAUAGCCUGAUUUUCGAGUUGUCCCUCCAUCUGAGCUCAAUUUUUCCCCUUCAAGAGAUGUCAGAGAGUUCCCCUUAGAAUUUAAUCCAUAACUGCUUUUCAUGAUCUUUAGUGUCCUACAGAGACACAUAGUCUUUAAAUAAUAGCUUCUAGGCUGUUUUUGAGAAAUUCGUAACUCAGCUUUGACCAGGCAGAGGCACUAUAUUGAAUUUGCUCAAACAUAAUCAUCAUCAUCAUAAUCAUUGUCACCACUAUCAUCGCCACAUCUUGCAGGGAAGAACUGAGCUUCCGAGUAGAGAUUUUUCAGAGCUAUCCAUUCCAAUAACAGAAUGGUUUUAUAAGAAAAAGUACAACAAGUGAUGCAUACAAAGUCAUGUGCAUAGGCAUUAUAGUUGCCAUUUAUUUACUAAUAUAUAUCUAAAACAAAACAAUGUUGUAAUAAAGAGAGUAAUAAAAUGGACUUACAGUAUGGUAAAUAAAGAGAAAUUGGUUCUCAACUAACCACUUCACAUUGUUUUCAUUUUUGCUAGAAUAUAAUGUGUUAUGCACAGUGAAUCUCAUUAUGUACCUUAUAUUUUCAACAAUAUAAUUCCCAAGCCUGUAAAUAGAAGCCAGUCAUCAGAUGAUAAUAAUAUAAUUAGCAUUGACCAGUGAAAUUUUAGUUUGGCCUGACAGAUUUACCUCAAGCAAUCUGAAACAUUCAAUUUUGUAGGAAAUUAAAAAUAUAUAUAUACGUAUCUUAUGGUAUGUCUUAUGAGGUCAAGCAUUGAGAAUAUAAAGAGUCCAUUUCAUGCCUAGACAUCAGAACAGUAGAUGUAAAACUAGUGUACAUUGUAUAUACUAAUUAUGGUCAACCUGACAUGAAAUGGAAGUAGCUAAGACGUGUUUUCCUUCAUUCUGAGCAGAAAUGUGAUGCAUAGUAGCUCUUUCGGUCCCAGAUUUUUCUUGGACCAAUAUCAACUCUUUCUUAACAUUCUGACUUAUCCAGAACUCAAAUUAACAUGUUACAACACUGAAAAACAGACUAUCCCAUCCAUGAGAGCAUGUGCAACAGUCAUUAAUCCCACUGACUGGAGAAACACUGGCUCUGCACAAGAAUUGCUACUGUUGGAAAGUGUUUGAAGCGAGUACAAAGUAAAAAGAGGGUAAAUUACAAGUAUAUCCAAAAAGAUAGUUAAUUAUGUACUGGGUACUUGACUAAAGCAGCAAGGAACUUUAAUUGCAUGAGAAAUAACAGUUUCAGCAUAAGAGCAUACAAAAGAAUUCAUUUGAGUCUCAUGCUCAAUGCCUUAGACUUGAGAGCUCUGCAAUAAUAAUUUAAUUAGCAUUUUGACCACCAAAAGUUUAGUCUGAUCUGAAAAAUUUUGAUUAGCUCAAACAAUCUAUUUUCCUGGAAAUUAAAACUAUAUAUUAUGGUACGUCUCAAGAUGCCAAGUGUUGACA